UUGCCUAUAAAUGUCUCUGAAGGAUCUCUAGGUGGUUCUUUGCAAAAAAAAACAAAAAGCAUGGUCUUACAGCUAGCUCUUCCUAUACUUCAGUGAGUUGGUGUGUAUCUGGCUCUAUUGUAUAGUGUGUGCCAUUAUUUGGCUCUUUGGUAAGUAAAUGAAGAUAUCAUUUUUAUAACAGUUGCUGUUGUAUUUAAUUAUGUUUACAAUUUUUUGUAAAUUAUGAAAAAGGUGUAUAAUUCUUAAAUAGUACUCCAAAGUCUCAAAACUGGCACCCAGUACAACAAUUUAAUGCCAAAUACUUUACCUGAAAAUCUGGAGUCUUUUAUGAAUUUAAUAUAAUGUCCUAUUAAUCUCAAAAUUAUACUUUAACUUUGUGAAUAGCCCCUAAAAUCAGAUUAUUCUAAAUUUAUGAAGGGUCAUAUAAUACCAAAUUGAGUAAAAAGCAAUGAUGCUUGAAAUAUAGCAACAUUUUAAGUAAAUGAAGAAAAAUUCGAAAAAGGGGAUUCCUUAUAAAUCUAAACUACUAUUAGUCUUGCAUAUAAGUAUCUUCCAAGUGUUUCCACUUCAUACUAAUCAAUACUUAUGCAUGCUGAAAACGCACUGCUUGCCCAGCCAUGCUCCGCAUAUUGUUUAAGCAAGUGUGUGGUUUUGAAAGAUAGACUGUUGACCCCUUUCUAACAUGGAUACUUAUAAAAUACACUUGCAGUACAGAUGGUUCCAUUUGUGCGAUGUUAAACAUGUAUGGAGUGCUUACAUUUCUGCUGGCAGGUAUUCCAGUCUGUUUGAGUGAAAACUUUACUGCUGGAAUGCAGAACUCAUCAUUUGUGCCAGAGUCCUUCACCCAGAGCAUGUUUGCUGAAUGUCCAGAUAAAUACACCAGUUUCUGUUAUCAUGGCACAUGCCGGUUCCUUAUAUCUCAGUGGGAGGCUUCUUGCAUGUGCUUCAACGGUUAUAUUGGAAGCCGUUGUCAGUAUGUAGACCUGAUGAAGGUUAUGGCAUUAGACCCUCGCUCAUUCGCUGUAGCAGCCAUAUCUGUCACUUUAUUGGUUGCACUGUCAUUGAUAGGAAGCAUGUGCCUUGGUAUCUACUUGUGUAGAGUAAAGAGUGAAAUGAGCCGGAUUUCUCUUCUGAAAAACAUGGAGAGUCAAGAUGUUUAGAGACGCACGCUUCCCUGAAGUAUUUGCGAAAAGCAGAAAAAAGAUUCUUAAUUUUAUUAGAAUAUUGUUUAAACAAUUUUAUGUAGAUUUUAUUGCUGCACUUAUGUUUUAAUUUAAAGUAUGGUGUGUACUUGGCAAGGACUGAUCAGGUACAGUAAUGACUUGAUCUAGGGUAAUGCCUUUUUACAGUACGUGAUCACCAAGGCAGCUUGAAUAAGAUCUUUGUGUAAAAGCUUCUAUCUAACAAAGCAAAGUACAGGAAGUUAUUGAUGGGGAAAAAGAUAUUAUGAAGCCAUUAAUGUAAACUCGCAAAGAACUUAAUGUUAAAAUUUCCUUUGAAUUAACAUUUUCUCCUGUACCAAAAUAAUUUGAUUACAAAAAAAGCCAUAUUAUAACUUGUCUUGUAUGUUUAAUUGUUUUAAUUUAUUAAAGAAAUAUUUUAUCCAAA